CAGGGUGUAAAGGACCAAUACAAAAAUGACACACAUGGGUUGAGAACGGUUUUUUGUGAUUUUCGGGAGAUCUUUUACACUAUUCAGAGCAUCGAAUCUGAGUGUUGAUCCUAUGCUGGGACAAGUCUCUGUGUGGAUUGGACAUUUAUUAAAGAACGAGAAAACUCGAAGGUUGUUCAGUACAGGCUGUGUGAUGGCUAAGAGCAAGUUUGAGUAUGUGCGCACUUUUGAAACGGAUGACACGUGUUUAAAAAACUGCUACAUCGUUGUUCGACUGGAUGGACGCAAUUUUCAUAAGUUUUCUCAGCAGCACAACUUUAUAAAGCCCAAUGAUGACAGGGCUUUAGGCUUGAUGACCCGCAGUGCCCGCUCUGUCAUGGAGGAACUAGACGACAUUUUUAUAACUUACGGACAGAGCGACGAGUUCAGCUUUGUAUUCAAAAGGUCAACCACCUGGUUUAAAAGAAGAGCAAGUAAAAUGAUGACCCAUGUGGCAUCCCAGUUCUCCUCCAGCUAUGUGUUUUAUUGGAACGAGUACUUUAAAGAGCAGCCAUUGCUCUACCCUCCAAGCUUUGAUGGCAGAGUUGUCUUAUAUCCAACUAAUUGCAAUCUGCGAGACUACUUGAGCUGGAGACAGGCUGACUGUCACAUCAACAACUUGUACAACACUGCUUUUUGGACGCUUGUGCAGGAGGGUGGACUCUCUAGCAGUCAGGCAGAGGAAAAACUAAAUGGAACUUUGUCAACAGAUAAGAAUGAAAUGUUGUUUACAGAAUUUAAUGUCAAUUACAACAAUGAAUCUGCAUUAUACAAAAAAGGCACUACUCUGAUUUGGGAAAAGGUUGAUGAAACAUCUACAAAAAGUGUCAACCUGCCCAAAGAAGGGAAGACAGAGGUCACAUAUACACGAAGCAGAAGAAAAGUUACGGCUCAUAACUGUGAUAUUAUUGGAGAUUCUUUCUGGGAUGAACAUCCAGAUAUUUUAGAGGAAGACAGCUGCUGAAUAAAAAGAACAAAAGACUGAAGCUCGACCACACACACAUAAAGGACAAAUCAAUUUUUAACAACUACACAAAUGUAAUACUGAUUUUUUUAUUGUUGGAAAAUAAAUCAUUUAUUUAACAUAUGUUUUAAUGCUGAAAAACAAUACACUUGUUUGA